AUGGUGAACCAGAUCAUUCAGUACAGUACAGAGCCAGAGUUCCACACUUUGGUCAAAGGAAUAUGUCUGGCCUUGGCUCUCUUCGCCUCAGAGUUCUGCGUCGGGUUCUUCCUGUCGCUGCAGUGGGCCGUCAACCUGCGCACAGCGGUCCGGCUCAAAGGGGCCUUCUCAGCUCUAGCUUUCCAGAAGAUUCUGUCUCUGCGAAGCAACACAGACGUGACUAUGGGCCAGAUGAUGGGUCUAGAGCAGAUUAUGGGUCUAGAGCAGAUGAUGGGUCUAGAGCAGAGGAUGGGUCUAGAGCAGAUGAUGGGUCAAAUGCAGAUGAUGGGUCUAGAGCAGAUGAUGGGUCAAAUGCAGAGGAUGGGUCUAGAGCAGAUGAUGGGUCAAAUGCAGAGGAUGGGUCUAGAGCAGAUGAUGGGUCAAAUGCAGAGGAUGGGUCUAGAGCAGAUGAUGGGUCAAAUGCAGAGGAUGGGUCUAGAGCAGAUGAUGGGUCAAAUGCAGAUGAUUGGUCAAAUGCUGAGGAUGGGUCUAGAGCAGAUGAUGGGUCAAAUGCAGAUGAUGGGUCUAGAGCAGAUGAUGGGUCAAAUGCAGAUGAUGGGUCUAGAGCAGAUGAUGGGUCAAAUGCAGAGGAUGGGUCUAGAGCAGAUGAUGGGUCAAAUGCAGAUGAUGGGUCUAGAGCAGAGGAUGGGUCUAGAUCAGAUGAUGGGUCAAAUGCAGAUGAUGGGUCUAGAGCAGAUGAUGGGUCAAAUGCAGAGGAUGGGUCUAGAGCAGAUGAUGGGUCAAAUGCAGAGGAUGGGUCUAGAGCAGAUGAUGGGUCAAAUGCAGAGGAUGGGUCUAGAGCAGAUGAUGGGUCAAAUGCAGAGGAUGGGUCUAGAGCAGAUGAUGGGUCAAAUGCAGAUGAUUGGUCAAAUGCUGAGGAUGGGUCUAGAGCAGAUGAUGGGUCUAGAGCAGAGGAUGGGUCUAGAGCAGAUGAUGGGUCUAGAGCAGAGGAUGGGUCUAGAGCAGAUGAUGGGUCAAAUGCAGAUGAUGGGUCUAGAGCAGAUGAUGGGUCAAAUACAGAGGAUGGGUCUAGAGCAGAUGAUGGGUCAAAUGCAGAGGAUGGGUCUAGAGCAGAUGAUGGGUCAAAUGCAGAGGAUGGGUCUAGAGCAGAUGAUGGGUCAAAUGCAGAUUAUGGGUCUAGAGCAGAUGAUGGGUCAAAUGCAGAGGAUGGGUCUAGAGCAGAUGAUGGGUCAAAUGCAGAUGAUUGGUCAAAUGCUGAGGAUGGGUCUAGAGCAGAUGAUGGGUCAAAUGCAGAUGAUGGGUCUAGAGCAGAGGAUGGGUCUAGAGCAGAUGAUGGGUCAAAUGCAGAUGAUGGGUCUAGAGCAGAUGAUGGAGCAGAUGAUGGGUCAAAUGCAGAGGAUGGGUCUAGAGCAGAUGAUGGGUCAAAUGCAGAUGAUUGGUCAAAUGCUGAGGAUGGGCCUAGAGCAGAUGAUGGGUCAAAUGCAGAUGAUGGGUCUAGAGCAGAUGAUGGGUCAAAUGCAGAGGAUGGGUCUAGAGCAGAUGAUGGGUCAAAUGCAGAUGAUUGGUCAAAUGCUGAGGAUGGGCCUAGAGCAGAUGAUGGUUCAAAUGCAGAUGAUGGGUCUAGAGCAGAUGAUGGGUCAAAUGCAGAGGAUGGGUCUAGAGCAGAUGAUGGGUCAAAUGCAGAUGAUGGGUCUAGAGCAGAGGAUGGGUCUAGAUCAGAUGAUGGGUCAAAUGCAGAUGAUGGGUCUAGAGCAGAUGAUGGGUCAAAUGCAGAGGAUGGGUCUAGAGCAGAUGAUGGGUCAAAUGCAGAGGAUGGGUCUAGAGCAGAUGAUGGGUCAAAUGCAGAGGAUGGGUCUAGAGCAGAUGAUGGGUCAAAUGCAGAGGAUGGGUCUAGAGCAGAUGAUGGGUCAAAUGCAGAUGAUUGGUCAAAUGCUGAGGAUGGGUCUAGAGCAGAUGAUGGGUCUAGAGCAGAGGAUGGGUCUAGAGCAGAUGAUGGGUCUAGAGCAGAGGAUGGGUCUAGAGCAGAUGAUGGGUCAAAUGCAGAUGAUGGGUCUAGAGCAGAUGAUGGGUCAAAUACAGAGGAUGGGUCUAGAGCAGAUGAUGGGUCAAAUGCAGAGGAUGGGUCUAGAGCAGAUGAUGGGUCAAAUGCAGAGGAUGGGUCUAGAGCAGAUGAUGGGUCAAAUGCAGAUGAUUGGUCAAAUGCUGAGGAUGGGUCUAGAGCAGAUGAUGGGUCAAAUGCAGAUGAUGGGUCUAGAGCAGAGGAUGGGUCUAGAGCAGAUGAUGGGUCAAAUGCAGAUGAUGGGUCUAGAGCAGAUGAUGGGUCAAAUGCAGAGGAUGGGUCUAGAGCAGAUGAUGGGUCAAAUGCAGAUGAUGGGUCUAGAGCAGAUGAUGGGUCAAAUGCAGAGGAUGGGUCUAGAGCAGAUGAUGGGUCAAAUGCAGAUGAUUGGUCAAAUGCUGAGGAUGGGCCUAGAGCAGAUGAUGGGUCAAAUGCAGAUGAUGGGUCUAGAGCAGAUGAUGGGUCAAAUGCAGAGGAUGGGUCUAGAGCAGAUGAUGGGUCAAAUGCAGAUGAUUGGUCAAAUGCUGAGGAUGGGCCUAGAGCAGAUGAUGGUUCAAAUGCAGAUGAUGGGUCUAGAGCAGAUGAUGGGUCAAAUGCAGAGGAUGGGUCUAGAGCAGAUGAUGGGUCAAAUGCAGAUGAUGGGUCUAGAGCAGAUGAUGGGUCAAAUGCAGAGGAUGGGUCUAGAGCAGAUGAUGGGUCAAAUGCAGAUGAUGGGUCUAGAGCAGAUGAUGGGUCAAAUGCAGAUGAUGGGUCUAGAGCAGAUGAUGGGUCAAAUGCAGAUGAUGGGUCAAAUGCAGAGGAUGGGUCUAGAGCAGAGGAUGGGAAUGAGGAAUAAAGAAAUGAAAGACUUGAAAAACUUUGCUUUCUCUGAGAACGUGAACGUCUCGAUCCAUAAUUUCCUCCCUCUGUUGGCGACGGUCUCCACGGUCCUGGUCCACACGGCUCUGGGCCUCCCUCUGGACAGCGCUCAGGCCAGUACCACACAACAUCACAGUCGGAUGCUCUUUUCUGUGGAUGACGUUUUGUGUCUUCUGUCAUUCAGGUGUUCGCCAUCGUGUCCAUCUUUUCUCUGA